AGUGCCGGCAGCCGAGGAGAGCAAGCCCGGCAGCUGGUCAUCGAUCUGGAGACUCGAGGGAAACAGGCUUUUCCUAUAUUCCUCUCGAUCCUGCGGGACACUGGGCAGGGUGACCUCGCAGACAUGCUGAUCAAAGAGUGCGAAUGCCCACUGGCGCCGCCGCAGCUGGUAAACCUGAGGCCUGUUGAGCUGGACUUACGUGGAGAAAAGCAUAAAAAAAAUGUGAACUUUCCUGAACGUUUGUCCAUCCCAGUACAAGCUGAGAGCGAAAAACUUCGAACACCUCCCGUGCCAGCCCAGGGUAAGCCAUGUCGCUGUUCCAGAGAGAUGGGGUGGUGUUUAAUUGCGAUGUGUGCCUGCCAGGUUUACGAUCUGAAAGCGGACCCGUGCGGACACUGCCUGAUCCUCAACAACGUCAACUUCAGUAGAGACUCGGAUCUGUCAACUCGAGACGGCUCCAACGUGGACUGCGAGAAGCUGGAGAAGCGCUUUAAGGCCUUGCGCUUUGACGUCCUGACUCGGCGGGAUCUCAAAGCUCAGGAAAUGGUUUCAGAGCUGCAGAAGCUGGCGCGGCAGGACCACAGUGCCUUGGACUGCUGCAUCGUGGUCAUCCUUUCCCAUGGUUGUCAGACGAGCCAUAUUCAGUUUCCUGGAGGCAUUUACGGAACGGAUGGAAAACCCAUUCCAAUAGAAAAGAUUGUGAACUAUUUCAAUGGGUCCCAUUGCCCGAGUUUGAGAGGAAAACCCAAACUCUUCUUCAUCCAGGCCUGUGGUGGAGAACAAAGAGAUCGAGGCUUUCUAGUGGAUUGCGAUUCACCUGGCGACGAAGCUCCUGGAGGUUCUUUAGAGUCGGACGCGACUCCUUUUCAGACUCCGUCGGGUAACAUGGAUGAGCCGGACGCCGUAGCCAGUUUGCCCACACCCAGCGACAUCUUGGUCUCCUACUCAACUUUUCCAGGUUUUGUCUCCUGGAGGGAGGCGUCAAGUGGCUCGUGGUACGUGGAAAUGCUGGACAGCGUGCUGGAGCAAUACGCCCAUACGGAAGACCUGCUGAAAGCGGUUCUGAAAGUGGCAAAUGCUGUCUCUGCCAAGGGGAGGUACAAGCAGAUCCCGGGCUGUUUCAACUUUCUCCGUAAAAAAUUCUUCUUUGCGUGCAAAUGACUUGUGGGCUCCAAGGUCCCCGCCAAGCGUGAGAGUUACUUCCCCACAGCUGGAUGAAAUCUGUGCCUACCGUGACUUGGUGUCAAUGCCCCCGGUGGCCUUUGUCUGUCUGUCGAGAUGUUUGUCUUGAG